AUGAAGAACGCACACGUGAACGGCGCUCGGCAUCGUAAACGUAUACAGGGCGGUUUUAAGCCAGUCCGCUGCCCUCUGUGCGAGACUCUGGUGCCCGGACCUGCAGGUUGGCGUCAGCAUGUUGGCGGCAAGAAGCACAGCAAGGUCGCUCGCACGAUGGGCGUCUCCGCCAAUGUCGAUCCCGAGGAGGCCGGCGGCGACGUACGCGGACACACAUUCUGUAGCAUCUGCGACAUAUACGUACGACAGGACCUCUGGUCACUUCAUCCCCAGUCCAAGGUUCACCAGAUAAGGAUCAAGUUCGGCGCCAUGCGCUCAGCCAUGGCGGAAGCAGCGAAGGACAAACAUGGCGUCGCAGUAUCUGGCGCAGAGGUUGUUGACCUCGGUGUGCUGGACAGCGGCCUCGGAGAAUCUCGCAAAGAAAUUGUUCUCGAUGUUCGUGCCACUGUCCCCACGUCAUCUAUCAUGUUCCUAGAGGCCAAGCUCUCGCCGAGGCGGGUUCAACAGACGAUACCGUUCUCCGUUCGCACGGAUGCCAUCAACAAGAAGCUUAUUUGUGGAAGGGUGGCGACUGUAGUCAUCUCCUUUGCUCGCGAACACCUCGGUAUCUAUGAGGAUAGAGUGGAGUUCGUCUUCGAGGACACCAACCUGAGGCAGAAGUUCCUCAUCGCCCGACAAGUUCGCGCUGUCGUUGCUGCUCCUGGAUAUAACGACCUCCAGCCGAAGGCGCCCUUCGUACCCAAGAAGCGGGCUUCUCGGGACCGCGAUGCUGACGUGGUUCCGGGAGAUCCGCCUCCUGCUCUCGGCGCGAUUCGCUACGUCGUACCCCUUCCGCACAAUCAUCUUACCGAUUACUGUCGGAAGAUCUUGUCCACCGGCGGCUCCGCAACAAAUAUUGCCAAGCAGUUCCGAGCAACCCUGCUGCCACAGACCUUCCAAGAUGCCACCUACGGGCAACACCUCAAGGCCCUAGUAUGGGCCGAGGAGUACAGAAGCGAGCAAGAUCUGCAAGUUUAUGACAUUGACAGUACGACAAUGAACAGGCAUAAUGCCUUCUACUUUCUCGAAGUCCCUGGAUUGGCUGAGAAGCGGCCUAGUGUGCUUGUUGGUGAUGGCAUUCUGGUACAGCCUAUCGCCCCCGGUAUCGAUGAGUCGAAGUGGUUCGAAGGAUGCGUUCAUGUCGUUCGACAAGUAGAAGUCGGGAUGAAGUUUAGUCGUAGCUUCCCCGAGUACUCACCGUCUCAGCUUUAUCGCGUGAGAUUCACGCUUAACAGGUACCCGCUUCGUCGGCAACACCAAGCCCUCGAUUACGCGUUUGCGCCGGCUCGACUGCUUUUCCCAACGAUCGAACACAUUCGGGUGUCUACCUCCGAACGGACCCCUCCUGCUGUGUACAACCCCCUUAUCGCAAAUAAUCCGCCUCAGCUUCAGGCUAUCCGCGCCAUUCUGCAGCUGCUGCCUGGUUCGCCGCCGUUCGCUCUCUUCGGACCUCCCGGUACUGGGAAGACCGUAACUGUAGUCGAGGCCAUUCGUCAGCUGCUGGACAGGGACCCAAAUGCGAAGAUCCUGGCUUGCGCACCAAGCAACAGCGCCGCCGACAUCAUUGCUGAGAGGUUGUCCGUUGCACUGGAUAAGGACGGGUUGUUCAGGUUCUAUGCACCUUGCAGGUACAAGGACCAAGUUCCGCUUGCCUUGCGUGAUUACACCUGCACAACAGCGUCGGGUCACUUUACCGCUCCACCCGUCCCGGUUCUCAAGCGCUACCGGGUGAUCGUAUCGACUUGCGUUUCGGCAUCGUUCGCUCACGGCGUCGGCAUGUCACAGGGCCACUUUACACACAUCUUCGUCGACGAGGCGGGACAAGCGACAGAGCCGGAAGUCAUGAUCGGCAUCAAGACAAUGGGCGACAACGACACGAACGUCGUCCUUUCGGGCGACCCGAAGCAACUCGGGCCCAUCAUUCGCUCGGCUGUCGCUCGCGAAUUGGGUCUGGAGAAGAGUUAUCUGGAGCGUAUGAUGGAUCGCGACAGUCAUCAGCCCGCGCGAUGGCAAGGCGUCACUGUCGUGCAGCUGACACAGAACUUCCGAUCUCAUCCUAGCAUCCUCAAAUUCCCGAAUGAGCAAUUCUACGGGAACAGUCUCCAGCCACACGGCGACCUCGCCGUUAUCAACUCCUACAUCGGCUCGUCCAUCUUGGUCAACCCAAAGUUCCCUGUCAUAUUCCACGCCUUGUCGGGACAGGACGCUCGUGAAGCUUCGUCGCCAUCGUUCUUCAAUGUUCUUCAAGCUCUACAGGUCAAGAAAUAUGUAGAGCAGCUCCGUUCUGAUCGCCAGGUCCGAAUCUCCGACCAGGAUAUUGCUGUGAUUGCGCCAUACCACGCCCAAGUUCUGAAGAUACGGGCCGCCCUUCGGGGGGUUGCAGACGGUAUCAAAGUCGGAAGCGUGGAAGAGCUGCAAGGACAGGAGCGUCGAGUGAUCAUCAUCUCCACAGUGCGCAGCAGUCGCGAGUUCGUCGAAUACGAUCUCAAGCACACCCUCGGCUUCCUGGCGAACCCCCGCCGGCUAAACGUCGCUGUCACCCGGGCGCAGGCGCUGCUCAUCGUUAUCGGCGAUUCGUCCGUCCUCUCGCUCGACCCUUUGUGGCGGAAAUUCCUCAACUACAUCUAUAACGAGGGCGGCUGGCGGGGCGAUGACCCUAUCUGGGACACCUGUGCUCCCGUCGAUGAAGAUGGAGGGUACGACGCCCAGGUUAGAGAAGCUGCCGCUGCAGACAUGAAUGACUUCAUGCGUCGAAUGGAGUCGCUUACCCUGCAGGGUCUCAACGGCAUCGACUCGGAGUCCGACGGCGAGGAGAACGUCGACCGGCCGUGGCGCGAGGUGGAGUAAUUUGUGCCGACUAUCUUUUGCUAGUAUCUUUGAUCAUCUUUAUGUGCUGUACCGAGUAGUUACGUCUUGAAAUUGCUUACCUAACAGAACGCCAGAACGUCAGCAUUCUCCACAAGCUUCCAGACCGAUUACCGCAAAGGGCAGGCAGCGACUUGGUGGCGCUCGCCGUCUGAUCCGCCAGAGAUAUAACAUCUCAUCAUCGAGCUGGGAUGCGUGGAGUCUACGGAACAAGGAAGCUCGUUUCACAUAAAAAAUAAAGUAUCAGGUAACUGCGCUGACGAGUACGCGGAGUGAAGUGGUAUAUUUCGAUGCGACAGAAUUGAGGGGAAGCGUCAUGACAGCCCACUAUCGGAUCCACGCCUGAUACUGCGGAGGGGUGUCGGUAGCCAGCCGUUUGGUUUUCCGUUCCUGUUGGCACCGGUGGAGAGGCCAACUUUUCGUAUUUGAUUAAGCCUGUUUAACGCACGUGAGCAGG